CCAAUCGGCUUGUGCAAAGCGUCCUAAGCUGACGUCAGCCCGGUACCGAUGAACAACCGGUAGCAGCGAAGAGAGCUGUAUGGUUUCCCGUUGCUUGUGGCUUUGUUAGCUUAAUAACCCCGUGAAACGUGCAGGCAUCAUGCCUUUCGAUGUGAGGAGAUUUGAUAUCUACAGGAAAGUGCCAAAAGAUCUCACCCAGCCCACAUACACAGGAGCCUUCAUUUCCAUUCUCUGCUGUGUCUUCAUACUCUUCCUCUUCCUGUCGGAGCUGACGGGAUUCAUAACCACUGAAAUUGUAAAUGAACUGUAUGUGGAUGAUCCUGAUAAAGACAGUGGUGGGAAGAUAGAAGUGAGUUUAAACAUCAGUUUGCCAAACUUACACUGUGAUUUGGUGGGUUUGGACAUCCAGGAUGAGAUGGGCCGCCAUGAGGUCGGCCACAUAGACAACUCCAUGAAGAUUCCCCUCAACCAGGGGGAUGGUUGUCGCUUUGAGGGAGAGUUCACCAUCAACAAAGUACCAGGAAACUUCCACGUGUCGACGCACAGCGCUACAGCGCAGCCCCAAAGCCCUGACAUGACCCACACCAUCCACAAGCUGGUGUUUGGAGAAAAGCUCCAGGUACAAAAAGUGCAAGGGGCCUUUAACGCGUUAGGAGGGGCCGACAGGCUGGCAUCUAAUCCUCUGGCGUCACAUGACUACAUACUGAAGAUUGUUCCAACAGUGUACGAAGACCUUUCAGGCAAGCAGAGGUUCUCCUACCAGUACACGGUAGCCAACAAGGAAUACGUUGCGUACAGCCACACGGGCAGGAUCAUCCCCGCCAUCUGGUUCCGUUACGACCUCAGUCCAAUCACAGUCAAGUAUACGGAGAGGAGACAGCCCUUCUACCGCUUCAUCACAACAAUCUGUGCCAUCGUUGGCGGGACGUUCACGGUCGCUGGGAUCAUCGACUCCUGUAUAUUCACCGCUUCAGAGGCCUGGAAGAAGAUCCAGAUAGGAAAAAUGUCAUGAGGACUGCUCCCCUGUCCCCCUUCCUCCUCCCAGCUUAUUUAUAAGUGCAACUGCUAGCCUGUUAGCUAAAUCCAAUCCUCGCUCGAACCAGCUUCCCUUUGGAGAUUGUAUCACCGUGACCAAUGAAAGCGACUCUGGCACUCGAUCUAACUACCAGGCUACACGGCUGCGUCUCAGUUACUGAAGGUCUUCUCUGGCUCCGACCGCCCUGCUGACGCGUGGUCGCUGACUAUCACAUGUCCGCUUCCUGCAUCUUCAGUUGCAGGAGAGGAGAUGUUACCGUGGUGAUAAAGUCUAUAAAGUGCUUUGUGUCAGGGUUCAAACUAUAAUGGGUAUUUGAAGGCUGCUUCUGACUUUAAAAAAAAAAAAAAGAAGAAGAAGUUUAAAAAAAAAGCUGAUAUUGAAUUUGUUUUUCUUUAUUUUUGAUGCUAGCAUCAUGUCACUUGAAUCUCUACAUUUAUUCAAUCACAGGGAAAUGUCAAAUUACAGACAGUAAGACUGCUAUAGCUAAUCUUUUGAUAAUUUUCUCGAUUAAUAGAUCAGUUGUUUUGUCCAUAAAAUGUCAGAAAAAUGCGAUCAGUGUGUCCGAAAGUCCACAAAUACAACGGUGAUCAGCUUACUGUCAUAGAGGAGUAAAAAAAACAGAAAAUAUUCACAUUUAAGAAGCUAAAGUCAGAGAAUUCAGACAGUAUUUCUUGACAAAAAGAAAAGUCAGUUGAUUGUGAAAUAGUUGGUGAUUGACUGAAUAGCUGACGACUAAGCGGUUAACCGAUUAAUCAUUGCAGCUGUAGUGCCAAAGGGAAUGAUCAUUUGAAGGAAGUGUUCUGGUUUAUGAAAGCCUGUUACAUGCUGCGUAAACAGAACUGAAUUUUUUGCACACUGUCCAUGAAACUAGGGCUGAAGCUGACGAAGAAUCCGCCGAUCAUUUUCCUGAUCAAUCGAUUCGUUUUGUGGUCCGUGAAAUGUCAGAAAAAUGGUGAAAAAUGUCGGCCGGUGUUCCUACAGCCCAAGAUAACGUCCUUAAAUUUCUUGUUUUGUCCACAACUGACACAGAUUUAGUUAACUGUCAUCGAGGAGUAAAGAAACCAGAAAAAAAAUCCACCUUUAAGAAGCUGAAAUAAGAGAAUUUGGGCCUUUUUUUUGCUUUAAAAAGUUACUCAAAUUGAUUAAUCAGUUAUCAGAAUUAGUUGAUAGGUGAUCGGUUAAGCAUUGCAGCUCUGGUGCCAAAGGGAAUGAUUGUUUGAAGGAACUGUUCUGGUUUGGACUGGAUGAACUCGAAAGUGUUUUCACACUGUCAUCAUCAUUUCACUACCAUUUUCUAUCAUGUGACAUAAUUUUCUCAGUUUUUUGUUUUGUUUUGUUUUUUUAAUUUCCCCUGUUGAAACUGUGUGCCUUUUAGGUUUACUGUCCUACCAUACAGGAUUAGCAAUAUUGGUUUGUCCAUCUGUUUCAGUGAAUCCAUUGUUAUCACAUGUUCUCUCAUGCAUGUAGUCUACAUUUCUUUAGUUCAAUACAGCGACCAUUGUUUUUCCUCGUAGUUCAUAUAUACCAAAGCUUUCAUCAACACUGCUAAUUAAAGAUCCUGGCUUUGGGUUUUUUCGCAAUGAAUAGACUGAAUGUUUUUCUAAGAGAUAACUUGAUUUAGUUAAAUGUUUUUACAUGGUACGUGGCUCUGUUUACUUAUUGUGUUACUCAUGAAGUUGUAAACUGUAAAAAACAUUUUGUUUCGUAAGGAGAAAACUUGUAGGCCAAGAUGGUUUUUCCUCUUUGGUCAUUUUUCUUUCCUUUUUCUACUGUUGUAUAAAAGAUGUCUGAUCAAGGACAGUGAUAAUCACCA